GUAACAGUGUUUAUUGAUAAUGAGUCCAGGGCUCCUGCUGAAGCCCUGGUGGGGAGGGGCACAGGGCGAGAUGGGGCGUCAUGGAAUGCUUGAAGGUUGCCCCGUGAUGCGAGCUUCCAGACUAGGCGAGGGCAGGGUGAGGCCUCGGGCACACAGCCAGCGCCCAGUCACCCAGCCCAGAUGAAGGGCGGCCGGGCCCUGGGCGGGCACUUGCCAAGGUGGCUCACACUCACGCACACUCGCACCGAGACUCAAGGCCGUCUCCACAACUCCAACCAGUGCAAAUGACUUAGUGCAAAUUAAAUUCAGAAGGGACGGGGGAAACGGAGUUGGGGAGGCUUUGAAUCUCUCAGAAAGGAAAGACAGGAAAGCUCAGAAACAAAGAGACAGAAGGAUGAAGAAGAAGAAGAAGAGGGAGGUGGUGGGGACGGGGUCAUCCCGCUGGAGGAGCUCAGCUCUGGGAUGA